AUGCUACCCAAUAGUGGAACACACAACCCUGUCACAAAGAAUACAGGAACAGUGCCUAAAAUUUAUCAGCUACCUAGCGAUCCCAGAAUAACAAUAGGGAUAAGAAGUACAGAUCUGCCGGCAAACAUUGAUAAGACGAUAUUUAACUUCAACAAUGGGAAUGCUACAUCGGAAGAAGACAGAAGCUCAGAAAAUCAAUACCCCCAGGGGCAGAACCUACUGUUUCAUUCGCCUAACAGCACUUUCCCUCUGAGAACGAAAUUCAGCCCUAUAAAAAACUCCCAAAUGGACACAGACCCUACGAAAGAUAAUCAACCCUUCAUCACACCAAAAAAAUUCAGCUCGAAUUUCGAAAAACUGAUAAGGGAGAAAUCCAAGAAAACGCUGACUAAAACCUCCAAUAGAUAUCAUGUCCUCACUGAAGAUUCGGAUUCUGAAAUGGAUGAUGAGAAAAAGUCCGGUAAGACAAGAGAAGACAAAGAAAAUAGUAAAACAGUAGAAAAUAAAGAAGAAACAAUCGAAAGCAUAUUGGCAGAGAACAAAGCCUCUAAUACCAAAAACCCUCCAAGAAAGGUUACAACAACCCCAAAAAACAAAACUCAUAUGCCCCCCAUAAUUAUAGACGGUAAAACAGCUAGUCAGAACACCCUUGUCAAUGAUAUUAAAGCCAUCGUAAGUGGGAAAUUUAGUAUCAAGCAUACAAACACCCCAACCAUACUUUUCCUCGAAGAAAAAGAGGAUCAUGAAAAAAUGGUAAAUAUCAUAAAAGCUGAAAAACUCCCCUACCACACCUACACGAACAGGGAAGAAAAAACCCAUGAGUUUGUACUCAGGGGACUGGCAGACGGUACCAAAAUUGAGCAAAUAGAUGAGGACUUGGCCGAAGAGUACGACAUCAAAGCCAGAUCAAUCUUUAGAAUGAAUACCAAAAAUCGUCCGCUUUUCCUGGUCAUAACGGAUCCCACUAUCACUCUUGAUUACCUCAAUAAAAACGCCAGAAGAGUUCUAUACACAAGGGUGGUGUGGGAACUCCGUAAAUCUGUCAAGCAAAUAGUUCAAUGCCACACUUGUCAGCAGUGGGGGCAUGCGACAGCGAACUGUGGGAGACAGCCAAAAUGCGUCAAGUGUGCGGGUGAUCACCACACAAGCACCUGUCUCAAGACAAGAGACACCCCAGCAACAUGUGUAAACUGUGGUGGUGAUCACCCCGCGAAUUAUACAAAAUGUAAGAGCUAUACGGAUAGGUUAGAGAGGCUAGAACUUAACCGAAUGCAGAAACCACAGAAGACUAAAUAUGUACCCGCCCCCGUACCGGCUAUUAACCAAUGGGACGCGAGAAGAACCAACGGAAGAAUUGAUGAUUUCCCAGCGUUACCCAAUAGAAACACCAGGCCAAAUGUGAGAAAUAACAGCACAUCUUCGAUUCCCAGAAUGGAGGGUCCAAGGCAGAUGGCUCAGGGAUCAGUUACGGCCGAUGUCACAUCCUUAAAUGAAGCGUUCGCGGAGCUAAAUAGCUUAGUUAACAUAGGUGAGUUGGCUAGAGCGGUUAGGCAACUAAACGCACAAAUCAGACUUUGCAAAACGGGACAAGAACUCAUAGAAACUUACAACCAUUUCAUGACUAACGUAGACUUUAACUUCAAACUUAGAAACUAA